GAAGACUCGGCAGUGAUGUCAUUUUUAACUAAUUCCUCGCACCGUGCGGGGCGGGGGGAGGUGGGGGGUGGCGAGAGCCGCAUUCACAGAGCGGUGCUCGGGCACCAGCAGCAACGCAGAGCCCCCAAAUGGCUAUCUGAGAGAGCACUCCUCUCUCCGCAGAGCUCCUCCGGCAGGGAGGGGAUUCGGGUUUGGAGGAGCAGAUCCCGGCUGGAUGCCGUCUCCAACCUGGACAGAGAGAGCAAACUGAGUGUGUACUACCAAUCCCCUUGGCCCCUGCAGAGGAACAUCUUUCUCCCCACCACAAGGCCACCGUGUGUGGAGCGGCUGCACCGCCACGCCAGGCAGAGCCUGAGAGCCCCGCCAGCAGAACACCGCUGUGGGGAUCGCAGAGAGCACCGAAUCACCGAGCCGCUGCCUGGAGGGGCCCCGCCACUGCCUUCUUCCCCUGCGAGCUACAAUCAGAGGCGACACGAGAGCCAAGACCGGCCCUUUCCAACUUUUAACAGCACCCGCCCGCCUUCUCCCACUGAGUGUUGCCACAUGGCCCCGUGGAGUAGAAAGUCCCAUCCCCCAGAGAGCGAGGAUUCAGAUGUCAUGUUAGGGCAGAGGCCGAAAAAUCCAAUCCAUAACAUCCCUUCAACACUGGAUAAACAAACCAAUUGGAGCAAAGAACUACCUCUCCCGACUCCAGAGGAGAAAAUGAAACAAGAUGCCCAAGUGGUUUCUUCUUGCAUCAUCCCCAUCAACGUCACUGGGGUCGGGUUCGACAGAGAGGCCAGCAUCCGCUGUUCUCUCGUCCAUUCGCAGUCUGUGCUGCAGCGGAGGCGAAAAUUGAGGAGGAGGAAAACCAUCUCAGGCAUCCCCAGAAGAGUGCACCAAGAAAUAGAUUCCGACGAGUCCCCGGUGGCCAGGGAGCGGAACGUGAUCGUGCACGCAAAUCCCGACCUCUCCGGACCCGUCAACAGGCGGUCGGGGACCAGGGACUCCGAGUGUCAGACGGAGGAGAUCCUCAUCGCGGCCCCGUCCAGGCGGCGGAUCCGCGCUCAGAGGGGCCAGGGCGGGGUCGCCUCCCUCUCCCACUCCGCCGGCAACAUCCCGGUCCUGGCCGACCCCGGCGACCAGGCCUUCGGCGCCCCGGCGACGGGCAGCCGCGCCCGGUCCCGGAGCCUCCCCCGCGAGGGCGCCCGGGAGGGCGACGCGGACCGUGAGGCCGGGGCCGGGGCGCCGGACCUCCGGGAGGAGCCUCUCGCCGGCGGCCGGGAGAGGAGCCCGAAGGCGGGGCAGGCCGGGCCGGCCGGGCGAGGGUCCCCCGAGCCCCCGGCCCCGGGCCUGACCCAUCCCCCGCACCCGCACAGCCCGGAGCACCGGCCGGGCGAGAGGGGCCGGGCCGGGUUGUCCCGCCUGGCCGACUCGGGGAGCUGUGAGAUCUCUUCCAACUCGGACACGUUCGGGAGCCCGAGCCACUCCAUCUCCACGGCCGGGGGCCUCCUCGGCGGCCCCAUGGACCAGAAGGACGACCACCAGUCCUCCAGCGGCAACUGGAGCGGGAGCAGUUCCACGUGCCCCUCCCAGACCUCGGAGACCCUCCCUCCGGCCGCCUCCCCGCCGCUGACCGGCUCUUCGCACUGUGACUCCGAGCUGUCGCUCAACGCGGCCCCUCACGCCAUCGAAGACACCGGCGUCUUCCUGGCGGAGCCGUUCGGCCACCACCUGGAGAAGGCCCGGGGCCACCGGGCCGGCUCGUUCGCCUCCGCCGCGGCGGACCUGCCGGACGGCCCCGACAGCGGCCCCGCCGGCGACGGCGAGUGGGGCUACCUCCGCCACCACCACGACGCCUCCUGCCGCCCGGAUCUCGGCCCCGAGCGGCCCAAGGCGGACAGCUCGGGUUGCCCCGGUUUCGCCGGCGCGGCCGCCUACGAGAGCUUUCUGGAAAGAUCGCCGUCGGACAGGGCCGACGCCGGCUCUCACUUUUCCGUGGACACCGAAGGGUACUAUACCUCCAUGCACUUUGACUGCGGCCUCCGAGGGAACGGUAACUCCGGGUGCCACCCCUAUGCGGCCACUAGCCCGGAGAGCAGCCCGGCCGCCGGGGUCCCCCUCGCCCUCCCGCCUCGCGCCUGGCCGGAUUUCGCCGACUACAGGGGGCCGGGGAGGGCGAGCUUCUCUUUCAAGAAACCAAAGGCCAAGCCAGCCCCACCAAAACGCAGCUCGUCUUUGAGGAAGUCUGACGGGAGCCCAGACGACCCCGAGAAGAAAGAACCAAAGAUCGGCGGUGGGCAGCAGCCGCCUCCCGCUGCCAGGGAGAUGAAGCUGCCUCUCGGCUUCCCCAACGCGCCUUCCAGGACGGAGAGCUCCGGGCCGCCCGGGCCGCGGGCCGAGGGGUCCCCGUUCGACGGGCCGGACGGGCCGCCGGCGGCGUUCAAGGACGAAAGCGCCGAACCGCCGCACUAUGCAGACCUCUGGCUUCUGAACGACUUGAAAACGAAUGACCCGUACAGGUCCCUCUCCAAUUCCAGCACCGCCACGGGUACCACGGUGAUAGAGUGCGUCAAAUCCCCGGAGAGCUCGGAGUCGCAGACCUCCCAGUCCGGCUCCAGGGCCACCUCCCCGUCCCUCCCGUCGGUGGACAACGAGUUCAGGCUCGCCUCCCCGGAGAAGCUGGCCGGCUUGGCCUCCCCCUCCAGCGGCUACUCCAGCCAGUCCGAAACGCCGACGUCCUCGUUUCCCACGGCUUUCUUUUCCGGGCCCCUGUCCCCGGGGGGGAGCAAGCGGAAGCCGAAAGUGCCGGAGAGGAAGUCGUCGCUCCAGCAGCCCUCCGCCAAGGAAGGCAUCGCGGCCUGCGGCAAAGAGCUGGAGCUUCCGAUUAUACCUCCUACCCACCUUGACCUAAGUGCUCUUCACUGCGUCUUGAAUAAACCGUUCCACCCCAGGCACGCGCUGCAGGCUUUGAGUCACAAUAAACAGAGCACACUGGGGGAGACGUUCGGCCCCCACCUCCCCCCGCCCCUCGCCAUCACCCCCACCGUCCUGAGAUCCGUUAAUCUCCGAUCGAUCGGGAAGCCCGAAGAGCCGAACCCGAAAGACGCUCACCCCGAGGACCCUCCCUCCCUCCAGGAAACCACCCUGGCGGUGGCCGCCUUCUCGCCGGACGGAACGGGGCCGCCCGUCUCUAAGAGAUCGCCGUCACGUCGGUACUCUGCGGAAGACGCCGUCCUCUCCUUGAUCGACUCCUAUCCGCUGGAGUUGGGCCACGAGAAGUCACCGUUCGAAAGCCAUCCCUUUGUCCCCGGGAAGCUUCUGUGUGAGCGGGGGAUGGUCACCUCGGGGAGCGGGGGUGUUUUUGAGACCACGAAAGAUGACGCGCCUCCGUUCGGGGAGCCCGUUCCGGGCCCCGAGCCGGAGCGAGACCGCGAUCCUUCCCCCGAGGGGGUCCAGCGGGGCUCUGCCACCUGCCCGGGUGACGCCGACGGUCCGGUGAGGUAUCCCGGGGUGGCGCGAGAUGGAGGUCUGGAGCGAGCGGAAGACCGGCAGAUGUUCUCUGUGGACUGGGAGCCGGGCGUGGAGCCCCCGCCCGGGGUCGACUCCUCCUCCGUGUCCGGCCCUCAUCCCGGAGAAGCAGAAAGGGGCGGCCGGCGUCAGCACCGGCUCGGGCGGAGCCCCCCGUGGGACCGCCUGCCUGGGACCCUCGGCCUCGAACCGGAGGUCGCCGCCGGAGGUUCCCUCGGCGAUCAGCGCGCCCAACUGGAAAACGGCAUUGCUUCAGGUGUUCCAGCCCAAGGUGCCUCCGAGGACCACCUGGGAGAGGAGUCACGGGAAAGCGCAGAGGAGGCUUCGUUAAAAGAAUCUUCGCCAAGUGACGACUCUGUCAUUUCACCGUUCAGUGAAGACUCUCAAGCCGGAGCGGAAGACGUUUUUGUGUCUCCGAACAAACCUCGAACCACUGAGGAUUUAUUUGCGGUCAUUCACAGAUCGAAAAGGAAAGUGCUCGGGAGAAAAGAUUCCGGAGACGGCUCGGUCCGGAAUAAGUCGAGAGGGUCCCCCGGCAGCGGCGUCUCCCCCACGUCCUCCGGCGGCGCCCCACCGCCGCUGUCCAGCAGCCAGAGAUCCCCAGGCCUCAUCUACCGAAAUGCCAAAAAAUCCAACACGUCCAACGAGGAGUUCAAACUCUUGCUUCUCAAGAAGGGGAGCCGCUCGGACUCGAGCUACCGCAUGUCGGCCGCCGAGAUCCUGAAGAGCCCCAUUUCGCCCAAGCCCCCCGGGGAGGUGGGGGCCGACGCCCCGCCGGCGGCCGACGCCCCUCCCCAGGGGUCGCCCGUCACGGACGCGGCCUCUCCCUUCUCCCCGUGCUCCCCGAGAGUCAACGCGGAGGGCUUCGCCUCCAAGGCCUUCGCCGGGUCGGCCUCGUCGAGGGUCGGGCGUUCCAGGGCACCCCCCGCAGCCAGCAGCAGCCGGUAUAGCGUCCGCUGCAGGCUCUACAGCACCCCCAUGCAAGCCAUCUCGGAGGGAGAGACGGAGAACUCCGACGGCAGCCCCCACGACGACAGGUCCUCCCGGAGCCCGACAUAGGCCGCUGGGCCGGGGCCGUGGAGCCGCCCGGGGCCGGGGGUGGUCGUCGAGGCCGGCGUCUCCUCAGAGCCGACGCUCUCCCCCGUUCUUCAGCUGCGGGUCGGUCCGUCCCCAUCUCGUCCCCGCCGGUGGCGAUCUCACAGGUGUCCGUCUAGUUUUCUGAGGAGGCCCUCUUCAGAGCCCCCCGGGAGGAGGGAAAAGACGCUCUCUCGCCGCUAGCGCUUCCCUCGGCUGAAAUGAAACGACUCUUAAGGAUCGGUAUUUUUCUACGUUAAAAUGAACUGAAACCAAAUUUAGAACAAAUGGAGUAAAAACACUUGUAAAUACCAUAUUUUUGAUACGAGUUUGUAAAUAGAAAUGGGAGAGAAAAGCAGACGCCUGGCCAAUUAUUUACUGCGUACCGACUCUGUUUAUAGAAGACGAAAGAAAUAAAGGGUAAUCUGUAUUCUGUGAAUACCAUUUUCGUAUCGGGCCGCGUACUUGAUUAAACGUCCACCAACACGGCUUUCGGAAGAAUAAUCGAGGCUCAGAUCCGAAUAUCAAACGGUGGAAAGGAAAAACGGAACAUCGCUGCUUGAAAUGCGGAGGUGAAUCUAAAUCUUUUCAAUCUUGACCUGAUAUUUUUCUGGCAAACUUCAGCACCAAAUAUACCAGUAGCCAGCGUAGCUGUGAUUUGCCCUGUGGGAAUUGUCCAGGAUCCGUCCAUCAAGCAGUCGAUAGUAUUUAUUGAGCGCCUACGGUGUGCAGAGCACUGACUGAGCGCUUGGGAGAAUCCACUAGAGUUAGUGUAGACGCGGUCUCCGCCCUCAGAGCUUAUAAUCUAGCGGGGGAGACGGACCUUAAAUAAAGUAUAGAUGAAGAGCACUGACGGAAUUGCAGCAUGACUUCAAUAUUUUUGUUUAAUGAAGAAAAAAAGACUAUCAUUCUCUAUAUAAAGCCCUAAGAAGCAGCAUUUGACAAUAUCCUUUACUCCUUAUUUACCGUGGAUUGCUUUAAAAGAGAAUGGAUAGGAGGAAAUAGUUUUGGGGGUGUUUUUUUGGUUUUUUCGGUCCUAUCUUAUAUUAGGCUACUGGAGUACGCACAGUCCUAAUCGAAUGACUUUAAACUCUUGAAACCUGUUAGAAGAUUAGUUCCAGUCCUUAAACUAACAGAAUAAAUUGUUAAGCAUGCAACGGGGGCCGCGGAUCCAACGGUAAAUAUCUGCGAUGAGUUUUCAGUGAAGCUUUCUCUCUGUGCUGAUGAAAUUCAUGCUACCUAAAUAUUAUUAACAGAAAUGACACUGUGAAAACUGUAGCUGGGGAAGUAGGUGUGUAUAUGCAUAUUAUUUAUAGUCUUUGUUAUGCUGGGAAUGGGCACAGCUCUGGUUCACAAUGCUUUUGACUGGUUUUACUAGAACUGCUUGGCAGGGGGCAGGGAGGGGCAAGGGGAGGGGAAAGGAAGCGGGUCAGAGUCGACGCUCUGAUAAAUACGAAGGCAGGGAAGCAAACGCUGAAUUACUUGAAAUUACUUGAAUUUUCUCGUCUUAAAAGAAGACGUAGUUAUGCGUUCAGAUCCGCCAGCGGCAUCGCGCCACUCGUGUGAGUGCAGAGGCCAGGUCUGAAACAGUUGGUCCGAAUGCAAGUGGCGACCGUUACGGAAAAUCUGCUUUGGAAGGCGGGAGGGUUCAGUGCCGGGGACGGAUUGAGGAGGAGGAAGAGGCCCGCGGUGAGGCGAGAUCGGAUUAGGGGAGAGAAGGAACGUACUUCAGGCGUAAAGGAGUCAAAAGAGGAGCUCGUUUCAAGUAUAAAUAGAUGGUAGUAGGGCAAGUGGGAGGUGUGAAAGGGGUUUUUAUUGCUUCGGGGUUUUUUCAAGCAACGCAUAAGGCAGAGGACUUCGAAAUGGAAGGCGAGUAAUGAUUUCGAGAGGAUUGGGCUUUUCACAUUUUUAAUGGGACGGACAGGAGCAAUUCGGAGAGAAAAUCGGAAUGUCGUCUUGGAAGAAAAGGAAAAAAUUGACUCAAUCACUAUCAAAAUGUGAUGGAGGGUGGCUCGCUCGCUCUCCUUGCGUGUGGGAUGAAUGGGCAAAGAAUAGUCAGGUUGAGAGUGUGGGUUUGGGGGAAGGGGAAUGAAUUGGCGUAAUGGCGCGAAAAUCUUUUUUAGAAAAGCCUUUAUCAGAAGAGAAACCGGACGGGGGAACGUGCCAGUUAAGAAAACUGGCGUGGUUUGACACCACACUGAGGAAAUAAAUCAGCUAGCCGGAUGUUUGGAAAAGCACACAGUUGGCCCAGAUGAAACUGAGGUUUUGGGACAAAUUUGAUAGGUUGACACGAUCAGCCAUUGCAGUCAUCAGAGGGCCAUUUUUUAUACUGUUUCUAACAGUGGUAAAUUGACCGCAUGGUGAUUUUGCUUUAAGAAGCGUGUAACGCGUGCUCUAAAAUUAUUCUAAAUCGUAGAGAGAAAACACGUGGCUCGACUUGAAUGAAAUGGCACCUUUUUUAUUACCGACAUGAAUUUAAUUUGAGAAAAGCUCCAUAUAUAUUUUAAGACAACCACAUUGACCCGAAAUGUGAGGCAAUAAAAUCCUUCUAAAUGUAACGAUCACCGAACUUACACUUAGAACAUAGUUUUACUUAUUUUGUUUAAAGUGAGAGUCUAUGACAAAGUUUCUCUAUUUUAUAUUUAGCAGAUUUAAAAAGAGAAAAAAAAUACCCAAAUAGAGAUGGAUUGUAAAUCCGCUAUGGAAAAGAAUGUUCAGAAUUUAAAUAUGUUGCUGAGCGGUGGGGCGGGGGGAAAUUUAAAAAAAAGUAGGAUAUCUUUAAAGAUCUAAAGCCUUUACAUGGUUUUAAAGCACUCGAGAUUGAGAUUUAGGACUAAUGUUAUCCAUCCUGCCAUGUUGAGGCAGGGUAGCAAACAUUAGGGAAUCUGAGUUGCAUCGUUUCCAGCUUUCGUUCUGUUUGCACUGAUGUUCUGAAGAUGAUUUUUGAAAUUUAUGCAACUGUUUCUAGGUUCUGGGUUGGGGAAGAGAAAUACACCUUUCUCCCGCCCGCCCCCCCUCCACCCUUACUUUUGAUUCUGCAUUGUGAUUUUUCUUUUCUUUUUUGGCUGAGUAUAGGACACGGAAUAGUUGUAGCAAAUAAAGCAUACCUUACGUUUGCUUUUGCCAAAGGUCAGUGACGGGGUCUAUUUGCUGCAGUAGUGGCAGAUUUAGAGAAGUGGGUUAUGACUCAAAGAUUAAAAAAAAAUUAAGAAGGUUACAGUGUAACUAUUUCGGUACUCAAACCAGUUCAUGCUGGCAGAAAAGACAAUGGUUUAUGGACUUGCAUCCAUUUUGUAUUUUUGUAAUAUUUGUAAAUAUGAACUUUUUAAAUUGUUGCAGAGAUGGUUUCUUUUUGUAAAAUGUUUUCAAAGUUUACAUUCAAUCCAAGCCUUUGUAUAUUUUAGAGCUGUGCAACACUUUAAGUCUUGUAUUUAUUUUUAGUAAAAACGGUGACAGUUUCAUUGUGAACCCCUCUCAAAAAUGUGUCAGAAAAGUUUGAUUACCUAGAAAGUGUGUAUAGAAACUGCAAAUAAACGUGACCGCAAUUAAAUAACCACCUUUUCUCUUC